AUGAAUGAGCAGAGUUUUAGUCGCUACCAUCAUUCAACUAAUUUAGAUGAAUGUCAAGAGAAUAAUAACGAUGUUGAUAAUGCUCGUCCAUUUGAUAAUGACUUAUCUUUAGAAUAUCAGUCAAAUAACAGUACACCAUCAUCAUCAUCAUCAUCAUCAUCAUCAUCAUCAUCAUCAUCAUCAUCAUCAUCAUCAUCAUCAUCAUCAUCAUGUUAUGUUAAUUAUGAACUAAAAAGUAAGAAUUAUGAUUCUGAUGAAAUUCUUGAUUUGAGAAUGCAUAAAAAUAAAAUCUUUGACACUUGGCCAUCAACAACAAUAUCGUCAUCUUCGUCCUUUAACUCGUUAUUUUCCACAAAUAUAAACCAUGAUAAUCAUCCGUGUAAAAUAUCAAAUUCAGAAUUAUUAAAUAAUCUAAUUGAAAUGAAUAAACAACAACACAUUGAUGCUUUAUUCAAUCAUCAUUUAACUUCAUCAUUAUCUUCAUUAACGAGUACUACUACCAAUACUACUACUACUACCACCACCAAUACUACUACUAAGUUGAAUACAUUUUCAACUGCUUUAACAUCAUCAGUAGUAUAUGAAAAAUUAACACAAACAAUAACCACUUCCAAUAUUAGUCCUAUAAAUAAUUUAAUAGAUUUUACCAAUACACUAUCAAAAACUAUUCAUACAUUAUCUAAAUAUCAUUAUUCUAAAUUAAAUGAUCAUCAACCAAAAUCAUUAUCAAAUAUUAAACAUUCAAUUAAUCAUGAAUUUCAAUUGGAUAAAAUAAAUUCUCUUUCAAAUUUCCCAUAUUAUCUUUAUCGAUUUUUUUCCACAUCAAAUAUCAUUCCUACUAUUCAACAAUUACAACAACAAUCACACCAGAAUCAGCAGCAACACAAUCAAGAACGACAAUCCUAUAAUUCUAUUAAUUCAUCUUCAAUAGAUCCUUUACAAGAUAAUACAAAUAUUUCAUAUUCAUUAUUAAAACCAUGUAUAAAAUUUUCUAAUAUGAAUUCAAUCAAUCAACAAUAUACAACAUCAUUUGAAUUAUCAAUUAAUUUUAUAAAUUGGUAUCAUCAAUUUAUGCAAAAUUUACAUCAAUUAUUAUUAAAACAACAAUUCAAACAACAACAGAAACAUGAUCAUCAUCCUCAACAACAGCAAGAUCAUCGACAACAACAACAACAACGACAAAUUGAUCAUCAACAAAAUGAUCAAAAUUUAAAAUGGAUUAAAAAGGAGACAAAUGAAUUCAAUAAAGAAUAUCAUAUUAGUUUAGAUUCAUUUGAUUUACAUUUAGAUAAAGAGAAAUAUUAUCAAAGAAUAAAUAAUUCAACAGAUCAUUUAAAAGUCAAUAAAUAUGAUACAUCAAAUGAUGAAAAUUUUUCUAAUUUUCAAUCAAAUCAAGAUGAAUUACCUAUUGAUUCAUGUUCACAAAAAUGGAUCAUUUAUCAAAAUGAAUCAAAUCUUUUAUCUGGACAAUCAACAUUUACUAAGUCAAUAAAUGAUAAAGUCAAUACAAAAUUAUUCAAUAAAUCUAAAUUAUCUUAUUCUAUUAAUUCAUCAUUAUCACCAUCAUCAUCAUCAUCAUCUAAUCCAAUUCAUUAUUAUCGUCAUAUUUAUCAUUAUCAUCAUAAUCAACAAUUAAUUAAUAAUCGUAUUAAAUAUAAAUUACAAUUAAAUAAUAAUAAUAAUAAUAAUAAUCAUAAUAUAAAAAUCAAUAAAACUUCUAAUCUAUUAUAUCGUUAUCAAUGUCCACAUUGUAAUAAAGAAUUUCCACGUUCAGCUAAUUUAAAUCGUCAUUUACGUACACAUACUGGUGAAAAACCAUAUCAUUGUGAAUAUUGUCAAAGAGGUUUUAGUAUAUCAUCUAAUAUGCAACGUCAUAUAAGAAAUAUACAUCAACGUGAACGUCCAUUUAUAUGUACAAUAUGUAAAAGAGCAUUUGCUCAAAGAACUAAUUUAGAUAGACAUAAACGUAAUCAUUGGUUACAUAAUUCAUAAAAUUUAUAAUAAAAUGUAUAUUUAUUUAUUUAUUUAUUUAUUCAAUUCGAAUCAACAUUAUUUUCUUGAUUAUUUUGUUUGUUUGUUUGUUUGUUUAUUCGUCACUUUUGAUUGUUGAACUUUGUAAGAUGAUUUCAUGUUCAUAUUGUUCAUGAUAUUUUCUUCUUUUUUUUAAAAAAAUAAACAGUAACAAAGAAUGUUGAUCUAUUUACUUUUGAGAUGGUGAAGAAGAUUUGUAGCUCAGGUGGAUGAUUUUGAUGGAGCUUUGUUCUCUG